GCACACACACACACACUCGAGCGGGUAUAGAGGGGAGCGUCACACUGCAGCUCUCCGUUAGAGAGAAACGACACACCGAGUCAUUCUCUUCUCUGGUGAGCUUUGACCAAUCACGGACGAUGAUGUCGGUGCACAAGCCUUCGCUCAGGCGCAGCGCAUCGACAUUAGAAUCGACCAAUCGCAGCGGCUCUGGUGUGACCCCGCCCACAACCCUCAACCUGCGCUCCUCACACAACCAACAGCUGAGUCGUGACAUCAUAAAAGAGGGCGUGGUCUCCGUAGCCGCAGAGACACAGGGCUCAGGGCCACCUCCAAAAAGCCGCCAUAAAUAUGCAACUACCAAUCUGCAGAGCGCCAUGGGAUUGGAGGACACUGGCUCCGCCCCUUUUGGGCAGAACCGUACUAAACCCGCCCCUAAAAAGUCGGCCUCCUCCUCGUCUCUCUAUUCGUCCUCUUGCGUCGCGCUUUCGCUAUCUCUCUCGACGUCCAAUCCGAAGCUGGCGAAGAACGGCACCAACCUGCAGCUGAAGGAGACGCAGCAGGACCUGAACAAGAAGGACAAGAACCGCAAUGACGUCGGAGACUGGCCCGACAAAGAGAAGAGCGCCCCCUUCAGGCGGAGGACCAAGAGCUUCUUGGAGUACCAUCGAGAAGAGGACGAAGAGACGUCCAACAGUCCAGCGGAGAAGCAGCCGGAGAGCCCGGUCCAUGAAGUGGAGAAGCCACUCUUACCCCAGCUGGAGCCACAAGCCUGGGUCAAAGAGAACCGGGUGGAGGUCCACCUCACGCUGCCCCAGAACCACCUGCUCCUCCUACCUGGAGAAGACGAGGACCAGAGCCCCCCCGACUCACACCUGAGCCAGAGGGAGGGGCUCCACCCCAGCAAGGAGCAGCUGAACCGGGCGAAGGACACGGCCGGGGAGGACAUGGGUUCUCCAGCCAGGCCCAGGCUGCAGGUUCUGUCCGGUCUGGGCCAGAGACUGGAGCGGGUGGAGGCGCCGACCAGGCAGGAGAAGCAGGUGGAGGAGGAGGUGGAGGAGGAGGAGGAAGACUCCAGCUGGACGACUCUGUCUCAGGAGAGUCCGUCCAUAGAGACGCCGCAGGAGACGGGUGUAUGGAGUGACACAGUGCUGCCCCCUGGCUGGAGGGAGGUGGAAGACGUGUCUGACGUUUAUUUUUGGCACAUUCCCACCGGAACCACCCAGCGGGAGCGGCCCAUAACCUCCACCAAUCACCAUCCGCCUGAGCCGGACCUGCAGCCGGAGGGGGCGCGGGGGCUCUCGUCCCUCUCUGUCCCGCCCCCCAAAACUCAGACUGAGAGGCCUAGUAGCAUCGUGUCGGAUAGUUCUGUGGAGCCCGUGCCUUCAUCAUCUGCCUCUUCACCCUCCUCAUCCUCACUCUGCUUGGAAGGGGCGGGGCCUGUGAACAGCUUCCUCAAUAACAACUACCUGGACCUGAAGGAGGCCUCCGUCCAGCCCAGCGAGUCCAGAGAGCGAGAGAGGCGGCGAGUGGAGGAGCGGGGCGAGCGAGAGAGCGUUAGAGUGGAGGAGAGGAGGGAGAGAGAGAGAGGUUGUGAGGGGGCUCGCUGCAUGCCUUACAGCUACGUAAACCUGAGAGCGAGGGUGGGGCCUGCUCCCGCUGAUACAGUCAUCCCCAUCGAUGAUCUGGAGUCUCAGGUGUACCGGGUGCGGUCUCUGGGCUGGAUGGAGGUGUAUGAGGCGGACAUGGUGGCGGGCAGGAGCAGUGCGGUGGUCAGCGACUGCAUCAGACACCUGCAGAACCUGGACACGCCCCCUUACACACCUUCACUCCGCCGGAGAGAGAGAGCGAGCGCGGGAGAGAGAGAGGAGGGGAAAGCGAUGCUAUUGGUUCUGCAGGACAUCACGUUGACCCUGGUUGACCCCGUUGACCACACCCUUCUCCACUCCCAGCCAGUCAGCAGCAUCCGUGUGUGGGGUGUGGGGCGGGACCACAGCAGGGAUUUUGCGUACGUGGCUCGGGAUAAGAACACGCGUGUGCUGAAAUGUCACGUGUUCCAAUGUGACAGUCCUGCAGAAGCUAUCGCUGGCAGCCUGCACCAGAUCUGCUCCAAGAUUAUGGCUGAACGGAAGAAUGGCAAAGCGGCGGCGGGCGGCUCCUCCCUCCCCGGCUCCGACGUCCCGCUGCAAGUAGAGUUUCCCACACCAAAGACUGAACUACAACAGAGCUUCCACGUUCACUACCUGGGAGUGACUUCAGUGUCUCGCCCUAUAGGCAUGGACAUUAUAAAUGGGGCGAUCGACAGUCUGCUCUCGUCCACGGGGAAGGAGGACUGGACCGCAGUGCUGCUGAAUGUGGAGGACGCUACGGUCAGCGUUAUCAAGGAGAAGGAGGAAGAGGAGGAGGAAGUGCUGGUGGAGUGUCGUGUGCGUUUCCUGUCGUUUAUGGGCGUGGGACGAGACAUACACACUUUUGCCUUCAUUAUGGACACUGGGAACCAGCACUUCCAGUGUCACGUGUUCUGGUGUGAACCCAACGCAGGGACCGUGUCAGAAGCAGUGCAGUCUGCCUGCGUGCUCCGGUACCAGAAAUGCCUGGUGGCUCGCUCCCCCUCUCAGAAGGCAGGUUCCUCGUCUCCGCCCCCGCCGGACUCGGUCACGCGCCGCGUCACCACCAGCGUCAAACGCGGCGUCCAGUCCAUCAUAGACACUCUGAAAAAGAAGCCGUCCCCCGAACUGCCCAACCAAUGACGGCGCAGCGCGGCCGAGCCGAGCCGGCGGGAGAACCUGUAUAUAUACCAGUACCUCUGUACGGCCAGCGGGACGGACCUCACAACAGAUAAACAAACAAACAAACAGAUAAACAAAUAAACAAACACAGAGAUCAAAGGAAGGAAGAUCAGGAGCCCAGUGGGUGAAGCUCCACCGCUGACCAUCGACCUCCGCCGUCUCAGCACGCUUCCUGAAGCAUGCCCCGGCCUCACACACACACACACACACACACUUUAAGGCGAGACACUGCAGACAUUCGUUAUAUGGGCAAAAUCGAAAAGAAUCAGAUUAUAAUAAUCCAACUCAAAAAAAUGUGUCAUUUUUAACCUGUCUUUAUUCCCUGUUACGAUUUCUGUUCUGAAAAUAUAUGCAAAUUAGCUCAUAUUUCAUUAAAUAAUAUAUUUUAUUUGCAUCUAAACAUCUAAACAAAAAGUAUCAUUAAAUUGGUAAUUACAUGAGAAUUUGUUUUAUUUCUUUUAAUUUGUUCCUGGGCUCCCCCUUCAGUCAGGAAUUAGAAAUUGAACUGCAGUUGUAAUACUGUAUAUUGAGACUCCACUACAGGACACGCUGUGCACAUGCUUUCCUGGACAAGCUGAGAGAUUAAAGGAGUGAGUGAAUAAAAGUGAGAAAAGCAUGUGGACUGAGACGGUAGAGUAAGAUAACAGGAUUUUACACUUAUAUUAUGCAGUGUUACACAGUUGUGGAGAGUGGAGUUACAUAGUGCAGUAGCAGCGUUUUUGACCCUUAUUGCAGUCAAUAGAGCAUCACACUCAUUUUGAUUUUCAUUUUUGUUUUAAGGACAAAAUGUUACACUAAAUAGCUCUAUCCAGGAAGGAUUCAUUUCUCAGGGGAUUCUGGGGUAAUUUUCUCCCUUUUAUGGGGUUUUUAUCCUCUGUGAUUUUAUUCCCGUCCAGAACGAUCAUGUAGGUGAAUUAUCUACUGUUUUUCUCUGAACUCCGUGCUCCUCCAGUAAUUUAAGUCCCGUCCGGACGCACAUCUGUGAGUUUCGUCUUCUCUCGUUUAUUAAAAUAGAUAUUUGUCCACUGCCGCGCACCGUAAUUUCGCGCCACGGUUUUCACGGAGAUCCAUGUUAAAAAUACAACAGCGAGUGGAAAUGGAGGAGCUACUGAACCCAAAGUGUCAUGUAAAAAUAUUAUAUAUCUUUGAAAUUUGGAACUUUUACUCUAUUGAUUUGCAGUGUCUCAUCUUAAAGAGCCCAUACUCUCACACACACACAGCCACUGACCGUCUGAAGGAUCAUGGGUAAUUCUGUUCAUUUCACACUGUCCGUGUAUCUCCGUCACACCCGAGACCGUACUCACUCUACUGCUGCUGAUUGGCCGCAGACCUCCGCUCUGCACUAGGAGCAUCAAAGCCAGGGAUGCUGUGGUCCUGAUGCUGAUGCUGACCCGCAUCCUGAUCUGAGCUUCUGGGAUGUGGAGUAUCGACAGAAUGCCGAUGUGACGAAGGACAGAAGAGAGAUUUGCCACUGCGGCAAAACAUGCGCUGUAAACCAGUCACAUACUGUAUGUGCUGAUCCAGGAUCAUUUUACCACACCUCUAAAAAUCGAGCUGAUUCUGGGUCAGAGUUAAAUGAUGAUGAUGAACGAAUGGGUUCUGGACAAUGAUGAUAUAUAAGCAUGGAUGCACACUGCGGUUCUUUUCCUUUUAUGUUUUAUACAAAUUUUAAGAUUUAAAUAACGCCCAAAAUGUUGCAAAUUCGAGAUCAGAGGUGGAUUUAAACUCGCCUACUCAUUUGGUAGACCCGCCCCCUUCUCUAAAGCCAAAAUCAGUGUUUGGUGGUUUGAUGGUUUGUGAUCACCCGUCUUCCUCUUGAUUAUAUUCCAGAGGUUUUCGGGUUUGGUAAAAUCAAAGAAAAUCAUCAUUUUUAAGUGCUCUCUUAUUUUUUUCCAGAGCUGUAGUAUAGUGUGUACAUAUUUAGAGCGUUUAUCGUGUUGAUUUUUAGCGGCUAUUAAAGCAAGGCGUCCAGUUCGGGCCAUAAAUCAGGCGUGUGACAAAAAUUCCCCACAUUUUCAUAUCAUUUGCAUAAAUUUGCAUAGUGCUUGCAUAUACAGCAAUUUGGUCAGCAGGUUUUGAGGGCUUGAAUUAUUAUUUUUAAUAACAGAAGCCCAGUUUUCCCCAAAAGAGUCUCAUAAGCAUUUGGAGAGAGAGAGAGAGAGAGAGAGCACAGUGUGAUGCUCACUCAACCAUUAAAUGUGGAUGUGAUUUCUGUGCAUCAUGAGCACACUGACCAGCAUUCAGUCAACCUCACUCACAAGAUAACACCUCACAACGUAUACAGGUAUGGUCAGGUCAAAACCAUGUUAGCUUGGCUUUAGUAUCCGUGUGAAAAGAGAAUCUGAGAGACUGAAAAUAAUGGCUGCGUCCCAAAUCGCACACUACCAUUACCAUUAAUCAGAUUAUAGCAUGCUAAUGCUACAUGCUAAUGCUAACACUAGCAGUUAAUACAACCUAGCGGUCACCAGUUAGCAGCAGUUAAUGCAGCAUUAAGUGGGAAUUGGCCUCUUUUACUCAUCGGCUCCCCCUGUAGAUGGCAAGUGGAAUUACACCACUUUUACACCACUACUGUAAAUACAAAUUAUUAUUUUUUUAUCAAGCAACACAUUUAACGAAUAUACACUGAUAUUCCAAAAUUCAUGGGACAUGACUUGAUUAUGUUGUCCCAUGACUUUUGCUAUGUCCAAUAUCUUGAUGUCCUGCAUUGAAUGUGUAUCUGGAUUUAUGCUAGUCACUAGUCUCUGUUUGCAUGGACAAAUCUAACCAGAUGCUGUCAGCCACCAUCCUUACCUACCAUUGUGUGGAACAUAGGUAUAAUCUGUAUACGUUAUGAGGUGUUAUCUUGUGAGUGAGGACAACACAAUCACCACAACCUGCUGGUUUGCUUUAAACGAUGCUGUUUAAGACCAUUGAUUUCCAUUCACUGUUAGCCACGUUAGCAUAAGUUUUUCACUUGUGUUUCAUGACUUAACCAUUACUUUUAUUAUAAAAACGCCUCACAGCGAGUCUGAAAGGAAGCUAAAAACCAUAUUUAAGAUUUUAUAAGUGGGUGUGAUGUGAAUCUGGCCCUGAUCUGAUCUGAUAUCAGUUUAUUUGACUGGAGGCUCACGGUUCCUGUAAACACGCUGUGUUUAUGAAUGCAGGCCGCAGGCUACGUCUGAACGCUAAAGCUAACUCCACUUUGAUGUAGCUGGUGCUAUAGAUUACGCGCACACACACACAUACACACACAGAAGCUAUACAGUAAUACGGCUUCUCAUUAUGAAUGAUGUUUUGAACACAUAAGCUACGAAUCCUCACUCUCAGACAGACAGAUAGACAGACAGACAGACACACCGACUGACACACACACACUCUGUCAGUGUUUAUCUGGGGGUGAACAGCACUCACAGACCCAGGGAGAAUGCCAGUGAAAGUGUAAGCUGCAAAACUACACACUAAAAAAAAAAGAGGAAUGUGUUUUUUUUUAAUCCAUGUAAACGAAGCUGAACUCACCUGUGUACCUCACAGAGAUGUGACAUCACUAAUUUUUACACCAUAUUAAUAUGUCAUCAUGUCCCUGUGCAAAAUAAAGGCAUUUCAAAUCA